UAUUUAAUUAUAUAAAUUCAAACUCAAAACCAAUCAUCUCUACAAAAAACUCUCAUUAGAGGGGGCGUGUUUUGAUUGAUGCAUAUGAUGGAUAAGCUCUUCAUUCUCUCCCUUAUUGGUCUGUUAACGCUAACUGCUUAUGGAGCUGCAGCGAAAAUGGUGUACACCGAUCUCGACAUCCUUAAGAAGCUUGAGAACUUUGACAUACCGGAGGAUGAUGAUGCUGAUGAUCAUUAUGAUACAAAGCUCUCUGAUUUGGCUUCAUUUACAAGCCGGGGUUCUGGUAAGAAUCUGGUGAAUGUGGAUACAUUUGGUGCAGCUGGAGAUGGAGUUUCUGAUGAUACUCAGGCAUUCGUGAGUGCCUGGAAGCAGGCCUGUGGUACUCCAAAGUCUGUGUUGCUUGUACCACAAGGAAGGACUUAUUUAGUAAAUGCAACAAAGUUCAAUGGUCCAUGUGAACGGAAAUUGAUCAUUCAGAUUGAUGGAACAAUAGUGGCACCAGACGAGCCAAGCAACUGGGACCCAAAGUUCCAGAGGAUUUGGCUAGAGUUUUCGAAGCUCAAAGGGGUUGUGUUCCAAGGGAAUGGAGUUAUUGAUGGUUCUGGCAGCAAAUGGUGGGCUGCUUCUUGCAAGAAAAACAAAUCUAAUCCUUGCAAAAGCGCACCAACGGCCUUUACUAUUGAGUCUAGUUCUGGUGUGAAAGUACGUGGCUUGACGAUCCAGAACAGCCAGCAGAUGAACUUCAUCAUUGCAAGGUCGACUUCAGUACGUGUCUACAAAGUUAUGGUCUCAUCUCCAGGAGAUAGUCCCAACACUGAUGGUAUCCACAUCACUGGAUCCACCAAUGUUGUCCUCCAAGACUGUAAAAUCGGCACAGGGGAUGAUUGUGUCUCGAUUGUGAAUGCGAGUUCUAAUAUAAAGAUGAAGAGGAUCUAUUGUGGACCUGGACAUGGAAUCAGCAUUGGGAGUCUUGGGAAUCACAACUCAACAGGCAUUGUAACAAAGGUUGUGUUGGACACAGCGUUUUUGAAAGAGACAACUAAUGGACUCAGGAUCAAAACAUAUCAGGGAGGUUCUGGUUACGUUAAGGGUGUUAGAUUCUCAAACGUUGUGAUGCAAGAUGUCUCUAACCCUAUACUCAUUGAUCAGUUCUACUGCGAUAAUCCAACUUCUUGUCAAAACCAGACCUCGGCGGUUAAGAUCAGCCAGAUAAUGUACCGGAACAUAACCGGGACAACCAAAAGUGAGAAAGCCAUCAAAUUUGCAUGCAGUGACUCAGUCCCUUGCAGCCACAUUGUCCUCAACAAUGUGAAUCUUGAAGGCAAAGACGGUCAAGUCGAAGCGUAUUGUAACUCAGCAGAAGGUUUUGGGUAUGGAGUGAUUCAUCCCUCUGCGGAUUGUCUGUACUCGCACGACGAUAAGGGCUUGGACCAGAGUGACAAGUCAAGACAUAUUUUGGUAACUGAGGAAGCUGAGACUGGCCAUGACGAGCUCUGAUUGGUUGUGAUGUUAUAAGUGUUGUAGAGAGGGAUGGAUGAUAUGUGUAGUAUAGUUUUCUGAAGCAUAUGAUAUAGCCUGAGGAGGAUGAUAUGUGUAAUAUAAUUUUCAGAAGCAUAUAAUAUAGUUUU